AUGACAGGACCAGAUAGUUGCAGGACUUUGAGGAGAUCCGUGCUCACAUCUGAAGGCGUCGUGUGGGAACUUGAUCUAUUCGCUAGCGUGUUACAUCUUCGCGGCGACCAUAUUGUCGAUCAACCUCAUGAGAACGAAUCUGGUGAUGUUCUCUGUUGGAAUGGAGAGAUCUUCCAAGGCAUACCAGUUAAUAGCGAAGAGAACGAUGGGUCCAAACUCUUUCAAGAGCUUACGAGGGCUCCGGGGAGCGAUAUAACUGCUGUAUUCGCGCGGUUAGAGGGGCCGUACGCAUUUGCUUUCUUCCAGUCCUCAACUCGUAAGCUGUAUUUUGGCCGAGACCCUAUGGGACGUCGUUCGCUGUUGACUCGAGCUCCGACCCCUAAUUGCCCCUGGUACACCAUUGCAUCCACAUCACUUGGCCCCGGCAGCCCAUCGAGCGAAUCAUUUGAUGAGGUCUCUGCUGAACAUCUAUAUUGCAUUGAUUUGAGUGUUCUGUCUCUCCAUCGAGCCCGACACAGUCUCAACCGUUGUCUUCCAUUCGAAGACAAAGCUAAGACUACCAAUGCCAGAAUAUCAGACGUCUAUUUUGAUCAGUUCCGGGAAACAGUUGACGAAUUUGUUCGACGACUUUCGGAGGCUGUUGAGCGGCAAGUGACAAACAUACCUCCACGUAGUGUGGGUCAGGCUCGUCUUGCAGUUCUUUUCUCAGGAGGCAUUGACUCUGCAAUCGUGGCAUUUCUUGCACACCGUUAUUUACCUCUAGAUGAGCCCAUUGACCUUCUCAACGUGGCAUUUGAAAAUCCUCGGGAGCUUGAAAAUAAGAAACGAGCCCGAGGGAAUAAGCCCGUGGACAGUUUAGAGAACAUAUACCUUGUGCCGGAUCGCGUGACAGGCUUCGAGGGGGUCGAGGAGCUUCGGACCUUGUGUCCAGGUCGAAGGUGGAAUUUUGAAUCCUCCAGGACCCGGUCGCACGUCGAGGACCUCAUGUUUCCGUCCAGAACGGUGAUGGAUCUCAGUCUGGCGUUAGCGCUAUAUUUUGCCUCUCGAGGUGUUGGCACGAUUCGUGACGUUGUAGAUCCAAACGCUUCCGAAGGGAGUGGGCGAAAGACUCGCACCGUGGAUUACACAUGCGAUGCUCGAGUAUUAUUAAGUGGUCUAGGUUCGGACGAACUGCUUGGGGGUUAUUCUCGUCACAAAUUAUCUUUCAUGACCGGAAGUUGGCCUGCACUUUUGGAUGAACUUCAGCUCGAUCUUGACCGCUUACCAAGCAGGAACCUAGGAAGAGAUGAUCGUGUCAUCUCAUCGAACGCCCGAGAAACGCGGUAUCCGUUCUUAGAUUUGUCGUUCGUGGCCUUUGCUGCUUCUGUACCCGUCUUCCUAAAGAUGGAUCCUACGAUGGACAUGAAUGGUGUUGGUGAUAAGCUCCUUCUAAGAGAGGCAGCAAGGAGCUUGGGGCUCGUGAAGGCUGCUUCUCGUAGGAAACGGGCGAUGCAGUUCGGGAGUAGGAGUGCCAGGAUGACUGAAAACGCAGAAGAGAGGCGUGGAGACACGACCUUAGGCUCAAGAACACACAGAGACAAUCCCAAGAAUAGUCAAGCGCAGGUAGCGUCAGGAGGCAGUUAA